AUGUCCAGUAUAUUGCCGGUGAAGUUUGGCGAGUGGUAUGAGAAACACCAGACACCUGCCAAACAUGACCUUGUAGCGUCCACUGUCUCGGCAAUUUCACUUGCGCAACUUCUGGAUAUUUCCGAAAGCAAGAAAGAGUCGGAAGAAAAAAUUGGCUUGAACAGCAUAGUAUUGGAUGAGAAAGAGCAUCCAGCUGGGAGUCUCGAGUUGCGGAGAAAUCUGGCAGCUCUGUAUUCUGCUCGGUCUGGAGGGGUCACGUACGACGACAUCCUGAUCACGAAUGGUGGAUCUGCGGCGCAGUAUACCGUCUUCUAUUCUCUGCUGUCCGCUGGAGACCACAUCAUCUGUCAGCAUCCCGUGGAUGAACUGCUCUAUAAGAUCCCCACAAUUAAGGGGAUUGAGGUCACAUUGUGGGAAGCGGAUCCGGCAAAGCAGUGGCAACUCGAUAUCGAAGAGCUGAAAGGCUUGAUCAAGGAUAACACAAAGAUGGUUGUAAUCCAGAGUCCAUGUGAUCCCACAGGGGCAAUCGUUCCCAAAUCAACGCUCGAAGCUCUUGUGCAGGUGGCCGAAGAAAAAGGUGUCUUGCUCCUUGCCGACGAGACAAACAGACCCCUCUUUCACUCCAUUCUGCCAUCCAGCGAAGAUUUCCCUCCUUCAGCUAUCAAUAUAGGCUAUGAAAAAGCCAUUGUGGUCGGGGCGGUAAGCAAGGCAUACAGUCUGGCCGGCAUCCGGACCGGAUGGAUCGCUUCCAAGGACAAGGCCAUCAUCAACGCCUGCAAGCAGACGAGGCGCUAUACCUCAACGGUUUCAUCGAAGCUUGACGAAGCUAUUGCUGCGGAGGCUGUAAGCGAUAGAUGCAUCCAUGCGCUGUUAGGCAGAAACAUCAGAUUAACUCAAACCAACCUGGAUGUCCUUCAAGCAUUCAUUGAAAGUCACAGCUGGGCUUGUUCUUGGGUGAAUCCACUCGCAGGCACAACAGCAAUGCUCAAGUUUCACAAAAUGGGAAAGCCUGUCGAUGACGAGGCUUUUUGCGAACAACUCUGCGAGCAGGCAGGUGUGCUGAUCUGUCCCGCAAGCAGCUGUUUUGGUGACGGCCAUCGGUUUCGAGGCUACGUGAGAGUUGCUUUCGGCGGUCCAACGCCUGAGCUCAAGGCCGCUCUUGGGGCCUGGGCCCAGUUCAUGGAAGAGAGCUAUGACUCAAUCCCAACCAUUUCACGAAAAUAA